AACUGAGAAUAGAGUUUUAAGCGAGAUCAACAAGUGGGCGCUCUGGGAGCUAUCUAGUAGCCCUACUGCAUUUAGAAGUAGCGGCCAUUCAAUAUGCUGAGAAGAAGAGGGACUUUAUAUGAAAAUUAGAUGCCCAAGGGAUCUGGACUUCUCUCUGCAGAUCAAUGAGUAUAGAUGGCACGAAAAGGUUGUGGUUUGUGUUCUGAUAACUUGUGAAUGGAGAGGGGAAUGCUUCGGAAAGAGGAACGCACGCUUUAAACACCCGCUAAAUUCGAGUGUCCAGUGUCAUGAAACUAAAUCCACAGCAAGCUCCGCUAUAUGGUGAGUGUCUUCUGACGGUGCAGCUGGGUGAUGGAGAGCGUUUGGAGGAUGAGGAGGAUGUAGAGUUCUACCUGCUUUUUGCUGGCACCACCCAGAGGCACCUGACCAGUACCUUGAGGAUAAGCCAUGUCACCCUACAGGCUGUGUGCCCAGCCCAUGACUGCUGUGAGUCGGUGCAGGUCACGCUGUGCUCUGCGCGGUCUGAUGGCUCGGUGGACCCUGUGGCCGAGGAGCGCUUCCAAUUCGUCCAGGACCUGGCCUUCGACAUGGCCCAGUUCCUGGUGAGCGCUGCAGGGCGGGCCGACGGUCUGGAGGGGGCUCUGUUGCUGGAUGAGUGCCAGAUCCCCCUGCAGGAGUGUGAGAGACUAGACGAGAGCCUCUCCCUGGCACUCAGACACCUGGCCCUGCCCCAGGGGUGGAGCGUCCUGGGCUCCAACGUAGGCACACCACCAGGCACCAACCUGGACAACAGCAUUGCUGAGCCCGGUCCACACGAGACCCUCUUGCACUUUGCGGCUCGGCGCGGUCUGCGAAGGGUAGCCUUGUUUCUGCUCCAGCAGCCAGGAGGCAGAGAGGCUCUCAGACUGCCCAACAAGCAGGGCUCUACACCAGUCAGCGUGGCAGAGAAGAGGGGCCACGACCAGCUACAGCAGCUCUUCACUGGGGUUGAGACCUUGUCAGAGACCCGGAUAAAGACGGAGGAGAGACAGUGUUACCCAGGAGGCCGAGUGCUGCAGCACCACCCUAAACUGAACACAUACACCCUGACGGUGGACACGUUGCUAGGGAAACCUCUGCCCAGACUAAAGGGAGAGGUGGAGGAGCUACAGAAACUCAUACAGCGCCACAGAGACGACAAGGAAGAUCAUGUGCUCCAGCAGCAGUCACCAGAUGAGCUGAACACUACAGCAGGAUCCAGUGGCAUCAGCAACACAUCAGCACACUCAGCCACAGAGUCCCAGCCCCCCCACAGCCAUGCCCAGCAGCGGAGAGAGGGCGAGACUGCAGCUUUCAGCGCACCAUCCUGUGGAGACCAGCAGGAGGAAGCUGAUAGAGAGAGGACAGGCGUAAUCACUGCCACGCAGGGCAGCAAGGCAGGGCGCUGUAAAAGGAACCAGGAAGAGAACGAGAAGUGGAGAGCAGAGACUGAGACGGGCGAUAAGGCUGUUGCUGCUCCGACAAAGGCUUCACGAGCCAUGGGCCACGCGCAGUCUCAGGAACACACGGAAGCUAAGCAUCAGUCCCUGAGGACUACAGUCAGCAGAAGUAGUGGCUGUGGGGACACAAGUGUUCAGAGGACUAUGGAAAGGCAGGGCGAGCCUGAGAACAUCCAGGAGAUGGAGUCUGGGGCUCCUGUGGAGAAUGGACAGCACAACAAACAUAGCGGUGAGGUUGAGGUGGAGUAUGCUGAGGCCACUUCUGAAUGUACUCUUCAGACUUUGACGGGAGCAGUGAGCCGCCAUGAGGCACAAGCUGUAGAGGCACAGGACUCCGAACAAAGACAGGAAACCACUACAGCAGUGACAAGUUAUUCUGUGGAGCCCGAGUGGGCCGAUAACAGCAACCAGACCUGGGAGUCUGAGAGGGGCGGUACAGACGAGAGAAAGACAGAGGCAGGAAACCCCAGCCAACAGACCAACGGUAGCACUGAGACAACCAGCAGCAGAAGUGGAGAGACUGACACAAACAGCAUGAAGCAGAGCCCCAUUAUGGUGGAGGGAGAGAUCAAGAGCAGCCAUUCACACGGACCAGGUUACGUUACAGCAAAAGAACCCAGUGAGCAGCAGGUCCUGGAUCAACAAGUUGAGGAUACAGUGGAGGUAGUGGCAACCCCACCACAGCCAAGGCAGGACCAGGACGGCACCCACAGCCAGGGCCACGAGACUGGGCAGGAAUGUGAGGAACAGCCGUCCACUGACUUAGCCAGCAGAACAGCUGAGGACAGAGAGAGUGGAGAGACCAUGGGAGGACAACACUGUGAUGUCACGGUCCACACAUCCUCUUGUGAGGAGGGGGAACUCGUCCAGUCUGUCGGCUGCUCCACAGACAAACUGUCUAAGGAGGGGACAGUCACAGGACAGGAGGCCCCUGGGAAGAAGGUGUCUGUACAGUGGGCAUCGUUAGAAGAGGCAGACUCUCUGGCAUGUAGAGAGGAAAUAGCAGCCACAGCAGUAGCAGUGGUGGCUGUAGCAGUAGCAGCUGCUGUAGCAAGCCUAGAACAAUGUAACUCCAACUCCAUGCUGGAGGGAGGCCAGGUACAGGAAGCUGCCGCAGAGAGCCAGAGUAAGCAUCAGACUGGACCCAAAGACACUGCACGAAGGUCAGGGGUCACGGUGUCUGAGGCCACUGAGAACCUUAGCACCUCAGACAGGGGUCCGACUGUCUCAGCAAGUCCAUUAGAGGAGGAUGUGAUGGUCAAGAACCCCUCAAAGGGAGCGGAUGAGCCUCAUGUCAGACAGGUAGAGGAGAACAGUGAUCUGUCCAAUACCACACAUGGAAGUGAGAAUGGAGUGGAGGCCCAACUACCAGGCCUGAGUCUGACACAGGAAGAAAGUGUAGAAGCCAGCAGAGAGUGUGCAGACUCCCACUCGCACACGUUAUUACAUGAUGAAAGGGCUAUGGACAGACAGAGUGCUGAGGUCAUAUCCUCCUCCUCCUCUAUCUCCCCAGAGAGAUCCUCAGAGCUGACACAUCAGGAGGCCAUCCCAGAGAGCCUGGCCCCACCAGCCCCACCUGAACAUACACAUACACCCAGUGACUUGACCCUGACCACCCUUACACACCCAGACAGUGGUACAUCCCUGAAUCCAGAGCUGACUUCCCCCUUGGAGCUAGACAAUGGAACAGGCCUGGAUGACGAGCAGAACAGCUCCUCUGUGGAAGUAGUCAUUGGCAUGUCCUUGGGCCUUCAGUCUUCAGACACACUGGAAAGCCUGGAUGGUGUGUGUGUGAGAACACUGAAUACUAAAGAAGAGCAUUCUGAAGAUUUAAGACAGCUUGACAAGCCAGUGAAAGACAAAGACAUCGUCUGUCCAUCCCAGGGAGAAGAGAAGGAGAAGAAGGAAUCCCUCUCAGACACGGCAGACUCUACACUGAUCCACAAAGAGAAGGAGUCAUUUUACCCUGUCCAGCCCUGCACAGAUCCCACACUACAGGUGAAAACCACGAUCCCAGAAUGCACAGAAUUCCCAGUAUCCCCAUGCUCAGAGAUUGUUGGAGGCUCUGUGUCGACCACCCUGUGGGACUCUGUCAGUGAUUUGGACAGUCUGGGAGAGGAAGGGGUCUUCAGAAAGGGAGAGAAGGCUGUGACUGGGCCAAGUGAAAGCAACAGUGGUGUGUCGGUGUCCUUCUCCUCCAUAGACGACGUGGCCAGUGUGGGUCCCCUCAGCGCCAGCUCCCAGGGCAGUGUGGGUCCUCUCAGUGUCUCCUCCCAGGGCAGAGUGGGCCCCGCUUGGACUGGGGCGGGGGCAGGGGUGUUGAGCACUAGGGCCAGUUGGAGUGCCGGAGACGCCUGGCAGACGACAGGGAGGGACGGAGAGGAGGACGAGAGGAAAGACAAGCUGACAGAGGUGCCUGUGUGCUCCGCUAUCCUGCGCUCCUCUAUCCGCUCGCUCUCUCCAUUCCGCCGGCACAGCUGGGGCCCGGGGAAGAAUCCUGCAGGAGACACAGACAUGAACCAACGCAGUUUAUUGCAAGGUCAAGGGGAAGGGAAGCCUCGAAAGCCAACAUUUCAUAGGAGAAGUAUGAGCUGGUGUCCCUCCAACGUCCCCCCUCCCCACCCGGCACAGAUUGAUAGCAGAAGUUACAGUUUGGAGGGUCUAGCUGGAGAGGAGGAUGCUGGGAAGAUCUCCUCUGGUGUGGGAACUGUUGCGCGUCUGGACAGUGAGGAGAGGGGCUCGCUUCUGUCCCUAACAGAGGAGCAGGAGUCAGACCUGGGAGACUACAGCAGCCUCGACAGCCAGAAAUCAGGUAGAGUUCUGCCUGUGAGACACAGCUGUACCUCCAUUCCUCACCAAGCACUCACCAAGUCGGUGUCCAUGCUGGCCAUCAGUCACAGAGACCUGGACGGAAUGGGAUCGGCAUCACUAGAGCAUAGCAUCUCUGAGGAGGACCCGGGGCCACUGCGGAGCGACUCUGAGGGGAGACAGGGGACCAAGGUCAGCCGCACCUUCAGUUACCUCAAGAGCAAGAUGAGUACUAAAAAGAACAAGGAGAAAGAGAAGGCUCAGGGGAAAGAUAAAGACCCCAAGGAGAAGGAGAAAAAAAACCUGAACGGCCAUCUCUUCAGCUCUGUGAACCCAGCCCCAUCCUCAACCUGCCACCAAUGCAACAAACCCAUUAUCACUAAAGAAGCCUUCCUCUGCACCAACUGCAAUGCACAGGUCCAUAAGGGCUGCAGAGAGCGUCUUCCUGUGUGUGUCCAGGUCAAAAUGAAGCAGCAGAAGCAGCAAACGGUGCCAGAUUCUGAGUCCAUAUCCGGAGUCGUAUUGAGAACUACAUCAUCGACAUCGUCUCGGGAACGUCCGUGGUCUGCCAUCUUGUCCCCUGAUGACCAGGCCAUGGUUACGGUGGCAGCGGUGGUGCCUCGCAGGAAUCACAGCAUUCUCCCCUUUAACAAAAGCAACCUGUCCAAGAGCAUCUCCAUCAGCAACAUCGCAGGGCCAUUGAUGGAUGAGAUGCCACUGAAGGGCCUGAAGUACCUGUCCCAGUCCACAGACUCACUGCACAAGACCUCCAAGGUCAAUGAGUCCACUGAGUCUCUCACUGAUGAAGGGACUGAGAUGAUGGACAGCCAGCUGAUGGGAGAGUUUGAGGCAGAGUCUAAGGAUCUUGAGGCAGACUCCUGGACCUUCACUGUGGACAAGAAGUAUGUGAAGGGGCUCAAGAAGGAGGUGGUGAAGAGACAGGACGUCAUCUAUGAGCUGGUCCAGACAGAGAUGCACCACGUACGGACGCUGAGGAUCAUGUCUGAGGUGUACAGUAAGGGCCUGCAGAAGGAGUUGCAGCUGGAGGCCCUCACGGUGGAGCGGGUGUUUCCCAUGCUGGACGAACUCCUGGACCUACACACAGACUUCUUCACCCACCUCCUGGAGCGCAAGAGGGAGUCUUCAAUCGAGGGUCGGGAUGACGGGAGCUUCCUCAUCCACAAGAUAGGAGACGUCCUUGUCUCACAGUUCUCAGGGCCCAAUGCCGACCGCAUGAAGAAAGUCUACGGGAAAUUCUGCAGUCGCCACAAUGAGGCGGUUAACUUUUAUAAGGAGCUUCACACCAAAGACAAACGCUUCCAAGCCUUCAUCAAGAAAAAGAUGAGCAGCACAAUCGUCCGAAGACUAGGCAUUCCAGAGUGUAUCUUAUUAGUGACACAGCGAAUAACCAAGUACCCCGUGCUACUACAGAGAAUACUGCAUCACACCAAAGAGAAUGAGGAAGACCAUGACGAUAUAACCCAGGCUCUGAGACUGGUGAAGGAGAUUCUAAAUGCGGUGGACAACAAGGUGAAUGAACACGACAAGAAGAAACGGUUGAAAGAAGUGUACAGCCGUACGGACAGCAAGUCCAUUCAGAGGAUGAAGAGUGGCCAGAUGUUUGCACGGGAAGACCUGGUGAGAGGCAGGAGGCUGCUGCAUGAUGGACCACUGCAGCUCAAGAACUCUGCAGGCAGACUAAAGGAUGUCCAGGCCAUGCUGCUGUCUGACGUGUUUGUGUUCCUCCAGGAGAAAGACCAGAAAUAUGUCUUUGCCUCACUGGAUCAGCGGUCCACGGUGAUCUCCCUGCAGAAGCUGAUUGUGCGUGAGGUGGCUAACGAGGAGAGGGGUCUGUUCCUGAUCACAGCGGGAAUAGAGAAGCCAGAGAUGGUGGAGGUGCUGGCCAGCACCAAGGAGGAACGCAACACCUGGAUGCAGCUCAUACAGGACGCCAUGCACUCCAUAGAGAAGGAUGACGAUGAGGGAAUCCCCAGUGAGACCGAGGAAGACAAGAGACUGCUAGAGACCAAAGCACGGGAGAUUAGAGAGCUGCUGAGGAAGAAGGAUGAGCAGAUCAUGAGUCUAUUGGAGGAGAAGGUGAAGGUGUUCAGGGACAUGUGUGAGGGACCAGCAGAGGAGACCAGACCAACCCAGUCUAUCAGGACCAAAAUGCUGUUUAGAGCCACCCCAGAUGACAUCACCAAGGGAGAGCCCAUCAUGAAGGAUGCCCUGAGGGAAGUGGAGACUCUCCAUGUGCUGGUGAAUGGAAGUCUGGGCGGGGCUGUGGGGCAGCAGGUGUCCAGUACCCAAGAUGCAUCAGGGGGCAGUGUGGGGCCAGUGUGUCUGCCUCGGCGCGCUGAGACCUUCGGUGGCUUUGACAGCCACCAGAUGAACAUCUCCAAAAACGGAGAGAAAGAAGAGGGGGAUGACUCAUUAGACCUUCGGAGGACUGAGUCAGACGGUGUGUUAAAGAAGGGGGGCAACAACAACCUACUGCUACUGCUCAAGAGGAACAGUGAGCAGGUCCUCCAGAGUGUCACACACCUCCAUGACCUCCUCAGCACACUGCAGGCAGUGGUGGUGCAGCAGGACACCUUCAUUGAGGACCAGCGUCAUGCUCUGGCUGAGCGGCCAGCCUCGCGCCACUCCUCCACCUCCUCCCUGUCCUCCUCCUCCUCGCGGCCCAACUCCCUGAUCGAGCAGGAGAAACAGCGCAGCCUAGAGAAGCAGAGGCAGGAGGUGGCCAACCUGCAGCGUCAGCAGGUGGCCCACGCUGAUGAGAGGAGGAGGAGGGAGAGGGAGUGGGAGGUGAGGGAGUCGGGGCUGGGCGACAGGGAGGUACAGGUGAAGGAGCAGGAGGAGGAGACAGUAAAGAGGCGUAGGCAGAUGGAGGAGGAGAGGAAGGAGCUUCUAAGGAGGAAGGAGGAGUAUCAGAGGGAUCUGGAGAGGCUAAGGGACGCCCAGAGGAAGCUGGACAGAGACAAGGAGACGCUGCAGCGGGAGGCUGAGAUGGUGGAGCAGAUGAAGAAAGCCGAGGCAGAGCAGGCACACAGGACCCAGCGGACGCCCUCCACCACCUCAGAGGAGUCCAUGAAGUUUCAGAGCUCCACCUCUCUGGAUAAAGAGCCUGGAGGAGGGGAGGCAGAGUUGUCUUCCUCCCCCGCCACCAAAGACCCCUUCCUCAGGAUGGGCUCCAAGAGGAAAGGGAAGAACCUGAACCCCUUCUCCUCCUCGUCCUCUUCCUCCAACGCCAGCUCCAAGGCCCAGAGCAGCACAGAGGGCCAGAACCAAAUCCCUAACCGCCUGAUGCAGCUGGCCAAGACCAAGGACAAGAAGGAGAAGAAGAAGAAGAAAGGGAAGGGGCAGCAAUCACAGCCAGGUACCAGUAGCACCAGCCAGAUCCCGGGAACACUGGGGUCACAGAGCCUCAGUGCGACGGAAAGAUCUUCUUCUGCUGAUCCCGCUGUCAUCCACUAUCCCACAAUGCCCCACACUCACUGCAUCAACUGACUGCCAGACCAUGUAGUAGUGUGGCCAGAUAGACAUGCACCCCAUUGACAUACUGUACCCUACCCACUGACCUGGACCUGGAGGGGUCGACCAUGGCCAUGGCCAGGAUGUACAGCUUGAGCACUUCCUGUGAACUUAUUAUGGAACCAUGCAGACACUUCGCGCUUAGUUGCCACUGAAUUGUCAAGGUGUAACUUUUAGAUGAAGAUAAUUUGGGUUUGAUUCUGUGGUGAAGCUGCAAGUCUGCUGUGGCAUGGAUUGGAUUGGUAUGCAUGGGUUGGUUACUUUGGAGUUUGAUAGUGUUCAGAUAUGAUUUGGACAGUUUCAGGAAUUUUACCAUGGCUAGAAGAAGAUUUAGCAUUCAUGAAGUAUACAGUAGCUGACAUUCGUUUUCUAUGUGAAGGGAAGAUUUAACAGAGCAGGUGUCGUAGGGGAGUGACUGUUGUAGAAUAUGCUGCAUUUCACAAAUUUAAGUAUACCCUAAUAGCCAAUAUGACAAAAUAGAGCAUACAGUACACCCUAUUCAACAAUUCCAGUUGAGUGAGUAAAGCUUAUGCAAUAGUGUUUAUUGUCAUACUUCUAAAGGUAUUGCUUAACACUGGGCCCCAUAAUGCUUUGUUCCCGCCUGUAAGGAACUACAGCCUCAUUUCUCCCAUCAGCACUACAUCAGUUGUAAAGAAAGGCAACUCAAGGUUAGAGAAGACAUGACUAACCACAGAGUUUGAGUUAUGAGAAGAGGAUGAAUGAGUCUGGGAGAAACGGAAAACAAGACAGGCCAAAUAAAGAGAAAGAAUAGCUUGUAAUGGAGGAGAGAAAGUAGAGAAAAGAGAGAGAGAGAGAGAUGAGUGACGAAGAGGAAGAGCUGAAGAAAGAGAGUGUGUAAGGAAGCGAAACUCAAAGACAUAGUGGCUGACUUGCUUUUGUCGCUAUUGUCCACUUUGCAAUUGAAUAUAAUGAUGAUAAACUGUUAGACGUUAUGGUUCCAGCUGAUUGAAUGGGUAGAAGAAACAUUUGCGGUGUUUCUAUUCCUCCACUGCACACUUGAGUUUGAAUUUGUGAACCAUUUUAUUUGUCAAUCACUGCAAUGCAAUACUGGCAUAGGGUUUGAAGGUGAUGAUAAUAUUCACUCUGUUACAAGUGGCAAGACUUCCUGCUUUACAAUGAGUGACAAUCAUUCAAUGUACACAGACUAAAUCGAAAUCCAGACUGAUUAAGGGAUAUCUAUCUCACAACAAUGGAUUUACAGAAACAGAAAUUCUGAUACAAUUUUUGGGUAAUAUUUUAAUGCUGAUAUUGGAAUAGAUGAAUCUAGCCCUGACCAACCAUUCCCAUUGGAAUUACACUGAUACUGUAUAUCUGCCUGCAGGACAGGCUGUUCGUCUAUUAGUCAAACCAAAGCAAACCUUUCCUCUGGACGAAACCCCAUAUUUCCCUAUGUCCCCUGCAGUCUGCUCUAGUAUUGGUAGCCUGUGGUACCACAAGCUCUCUUGUGCCUCUCAAAUAGUCCAGAAUAAUUAAUGUCCCUGUAUUUUCUUCAUUGAUAUUUUUCCGUCCAUGCUCCAGUCUGGGGGUUUUGAUCCAUAUAACCAGUGGUUCAUAAUGCGUAAUAUUUCAGUUUUGUCGUUUCUCUUUGCUGCUGAUGAGCAGAAUUUAAAAUGAAAGCACAGCAAAGUCCUCUUCUGACUCUGUAAAACUGAAAUAUGGUGCUAAUCAUCAGUCACAGGCUGUGUUUACACCCAAUUCUGAUCUUUUUCAUCACUAAUUGGUCUUUUGACUAAUCAGAUCAGCUCUAAAAAAUAUAUAUAUGGUCUGAUGGGUAAAAAUACAAAUUAGUGGAAAAAAUAUCAGAAUUAGGUUGCCUGUGUAAAUGCAGCCUAACUGCUCUGCUUCUUCUUGUCUGCGUUGGUUUAUCUUGUUUUGACCAUCAGAUGGCGCUGUGGCAAUCUUCAUAAUUCACCAAUACUAUCUACUCUGUUCGAUUUGUCAUCUUGAUAUUUCACAACAAUUCCCCCUGGUCAUAUAUAUGCAAAGUGAAUCACCACGUUAACAUGGUGUUUCAUGGCCCCUUGUUUAGUGAUUUUAUAAAAGUGAAAGCAUAGGGAGGGAUCAUUGGUUGAUUGAUUGGUUCAUUCACAUUUACUGACUUGCCUUAAUAGACAUAUUCCGCUUUUGACAGGUGUGAACGUUCUUAGACCCUACCCUUUAUCACUUGAUAUUCUUCUGGGAAUAUCUGCUAAUCAUCCCUUCAACAACAACUGUCAUGGCCGUCUACAGUAUAGAUGUUGAGCAGUGCUACAGUGGCUCUGAAAUGUUGUACAUGAUGCAUUGUGGCAAAUGCAGAGAUAGGGGAGACCAUUAUGCUCAAAUUGAAAUGCACUAGAAUAUUAGCCAGCAUCUGUGAGGAGUUGGAGUGGGUUUUACAGUUAUACUGUAUACCAGUGCUUUUAAAGUCAUUUGUUGUUUGUACUAAAAAGGUACAAUUUGUAUUUCUUGCGGAAUUUCAUGUAAAAAUAAAAAAUAAAAGGGCAAAGCAACCAUUAUGUAAAUAUGUGUCAUGUACAAAUUUAACUUUUAAAGUAUUGUUUGUGGAUUUUUGGAUCGAUUUAAGCUUUUUAUAAUGAGGCUUUAUUUAUCAGUGUCCUCCCUGUUUUGGAGGUAUAAAAUGUAAAUUCAUUUUUCUCUUAAUAAAUAACUAUUAUUGUUUGUCAACUGA